GGGCCCGGGACAACUGACCCAGUUGCGCCUCCCCUGUCGGCGGGCCAGGUGAGCAGGACAGUGCACACUGCUACACUGGGCCGCCCGUCCCGACCACACUUCUUAUCACACGGCUGCACCAAAUUUUGCGUUACUUUGGCUCGGUUGACCAUCUCUUACAUUUGAAAUUUUGCCUCGAAAUUAGCUUCCAUUGAAAAUCCAACAUUUCCAACGGCUUGAUUCUAAGGCAUUACGGCAGCUUCUCCAGACUAGACGCUCAAAAGAAAGUUGUAGACGUGAUAGUCAGUCUAACAGACUAUAUCAUUGGAGUUGAAAGAUUUGAUUGGCCGAACCAGAAAAAUGGCUCAACUUAAUACUGACCGGAGGGAGCUACUCUAUAGACCCAACACCCUGGGAUGGAAGGAGCAGUAUGUGAGUGCUGUCCAUAUGAAACUAGCUGACCUGAGGGGCAUCUGCAGGAACCAAUAUCUCAAUAAGGAGAUUUCUGAACCAGGGGAAUGGACCAGAUAUGAAGUUCCACAUUAUCCUCAUCCUGUAGAGUUCCACGCGUCCACAAUAGCCCAUGAGACAAAUGAAGUUGGCGCUAGAGGUAUCCUUCAAAGCGGUGGGUUUAAGGGGUUGGAUCGUGAGCUACUGUGGUGGCAUCCUCAGUUUAGUACAGAAGAGGUUGCUGCUGCAGAGCAGAGGUACCUGGACAAGGUGUUCCCUGAACGCACUGAGGGCCAGAGGAGGAGACAUGAGGAGAGACCUUUUCUGCACCACUUCACCACCUCUCAUGCCUUUACUGACGAGUCUCGCUUCGGAAAUUUUCAUUUCUCCUUCCAGCUGGAGGAGAUUCUACAGGCAUACAGCACACAGUUCUGUGCCGGGCAGAGGCCGGUCUUCAGAAAGUACGAGACUGUGAUCUACCGUCAGAAUAUCACAUACAAGGUAUUGGUCCACAGUCCUUCUGUUGACCACUAUGACUGCUUCCCCAUACUAGGUGAUAAUGAGGAUGUGUGUGCUUACAGCAAUGGCGAGAUUAUCUGGCAUGCUCAGGCCAUCUGCGGAACUCACACAUUAGAACUUAAUAUAGCUAGAAAUCGGCAACACUUAGUAGCAAUGGGGACAAGAAAUGAGGAGUUUUAUGCAUGGGAUGUGGUUAGUCUGGCCUUGCAUGUGCCAAAAAGGAGAAUUUUUCAAGUUUCUGAGGAGGCACUGAAGGCGGCUCUCACAGCUUGUGGUCCCGAUGAUCUUCAUCUAAACGAUGGAAUGAUGAGCUUGGAUGAGGCAGAAGCCAUAGUAAAUCAAAUGAGGGCAACUUAAAAAAAUCUAUCAAUAGAGAUUACAUAAAACCUGAGGGAUACCUAUACAUAUGGAAGAAUUGAGGCGAUACCCCAUGUAUCUUGACUUGUUCAGCACUCGUCCUAGCACUCGUCCUGCAUUAGGACAUGGCUCCUAUUUUUUUUUAGAUUAUGAAAAAGGGCUCCUGUUUAUAAAUCUGCUAUAGUAUCAUACUAUGGCUUCUGUGUAAUGCAUUAGCAGUGUAGUACUAAGGCAGUUAAGUCUUAUCAACGACUGUUAGUGCGCAAACCAUGGCAGAGCAGUGCCCUUUGCACUGUAAAGCUACAGCAACUUUUAUAGUCUCGUUCUAAUGUGAGCAAUUUACAGGGUCAAAUCUUCAUGAUGAUCAAAAUCAAUGCAUGCAAUGUUAUUGCAGUGAGAAAUGCGUAUUUUUAUUCUUCUGUAUGCUACGUGUAGGCCUAGCAAAUCAAUCUAAAAACAAAACUAUGUUGAGUCCUUGAAUUCAGCU